AUGGUUCAUCCUACUUCCACCUGUUGCAAAACCUCCGGCGACGGAUCCUGCGUUUGCGCAGCUCAAGCCAAGUGCUCCUGCGGCAAGGAGAGCGCUCUUCAUUGCACUUGCAACAAGGCUUCUACCGAAAACACUAUCUCUGGGGCUCGGUGCUCAUGUAGGGCUCGCCCAGCUGGACAAUGUACAUGCGAACGCGCACCAAGUGAGAACCAUCCCGUAUCGGGCGAGGCUUGCGCAUGCGGUAAAAGGCCUUCUUGUUCCUGUACUUGUGAGAAGGCCGAAGCUAUCGACGCAGCCAUCGAGAGCUUUGAAACUGACUUCACAUCCCGCUUCCGGUCAUAA